AGAACGUGGCCAAUUGAAUUGGGGUUUCAAAGCAAUUGGGGAAGCGUGAAACCUGAUGAGCAAAGUUUGGAAGGUACGACCAACCACAUGAAAUUAGACCAUUGCCAUCAGCGCUUCCAAUAUCUUCCUCACUGCCAAGCAAUACUGAUGCACUAAGCAACUUGCCUCUCACCAUCCUCCAAUCCUAAUUCAUCUCAACUUCCCCCCAACCGCAUCUACCGGGUGGCUUAAGAGAAGGAACCUCGCACUUCUAAUUCCCCUCUGCAAAUCAUUCAUGUCGACAAAUCACCACCCAAUACGGGCUCACUUGCGGUCUCUCAUACCCUCUCAUCGACGUGCAUUCUUCCGUGCCAGAGUCAUCGUUCACGAACUCAUCAACAUUCCCCUUGUUUCCGGCGAGUUUGCCCUAAAAUGGCGCUUUCAGCGAGCGCAGCCCGUACAUCCCGACUAUCUGUCAGCAGCCCUCAAAGACAAAAUAAAGGAUAACGAACAGCUGUCUUCCGUCGGUACUAUCGAGGACAACAGCUCCGAGCAAGACUCACUUGCUGAGUCAACAAAGGCUUCGUCUGGAUCAUCAGGAGCAUCCUCGCCACUUGAAAAGCACCCCGCUAAAUCGUUCCAUAGCGACAUACCAUCUUAUUCACAGUAUCUUGCGCCAGAAGUUGCCUCAUCGGUUACCAACAAUCCAUCUGAAGACAUCCUCGAAGUUCCUGAUACGUGUACCACUGCUCCCAGGGGAGUCACGAAAUUUUGCCCACUCCUGCUAGACCACACGGUAGAAUACAAUCACCGCAUUGAUGUGAACUUGGAUAUCACGGUUGACAAGGAGUCAUCGGACUUGCAUCCUUCCGAGUUCAAGCUGACCGUGCUGCAGGAGGCUGAGGAACGUGAUAGUGAUUCAUCAUCCUCGUUUGGUGGAGUUGUCAUCAAUCUCUCGGAAUAUGUGAAUGCUGGCAUCGUUACUCGGCACCACUUGCUGUGCGGAAGUAAAACCAAUGCCGUGCUCAGAAUCACUAUCCAAAUGCGUCACAUUGGGGGCGAAUCGCAGUUUGUGGUGCCGCCUCUUCUAGAUACUCCGAUCAUGUCGGGCGUGUCAGGGCUGCUUGCACGAGAUGGAUUACGACAGAGCGCCCGUGCGUAUGAUUUAUUCUUCCCUACCCCUCCUCUCUUCACUGACGUGGUUCGUUCAUAGUUAAUGCCGAGGCAUUCCGUUCCCAUAAUACGCCAGCUUCGAGAGGCUCACCAGUCCCAACUCCCAAUCGACCAGCAUUUCUCCCUCGAAAUUCAAUUCUGCAACUACCUUCCCAAGCGCCAUCUCCUGUGGCUUCCGCCUCAACGGAAUACAU